AUGAGGUUAACAGCACUGCGGGUAUGUGGGACCCUGCUGGCCUUCUCCAGUCUCUGUUGGAUCGCAGCAGACUCCGAGGAAGGACUCCUCCUGGGGGAUAAAGGAUUUGGGCCCUGCGCUGCAACGCUGAGACCCGACGGGCCGUGCAGACAGGAUGAGAGCUCCUGCCCUUACCUAUUCAGCCUGCCGCCGCUGACUGUUCAUUUGCCACAACAGCUCCAAGAGCUGGAGAAGAUCAUGAAGGACCUGCAGAAGCUGAAGGACAGCGUGGAUCAACUGAGGGAGCUGUGUGCAGACUGUACAGUAAGCCAAACUGAGAGAGAGUGUGGGAGGCAAAGGGAAAGAGAGAAUGAGAAGCUGAAUGAGGGUAAGGAUGGGUGUGAGGAUAAGAGGAACUGGAUGAAUGAGAGACUUCAAGAGAAUGACAGAGACUUUAGACAAGAGUUUGGAAAAGAUAGAGUUAAGGUGGACAAGACGGAAGGAGAUGGCGACUCAGACAACAGGCUGAUUCUGGAGGAGGAAGAAAGAGGAAAAUGGGAACCAGAAAGAGAGAGCGAUAGAGGAGUCAUAAAAGAAAAAGAGAAGGAAGGAACUCGGACAGAAGUGGCAGAAAAGGACGGAAAAACUCAGACAGAGGGGGCAAAAGGCAAGGACAAAUUAGGACAGACAAAGGUGCCAACUGCUGGUGGAAAUGAGAGAAAAGUCGAUAUAAUGAGGGAAAAGGUUGCUGACAAAAGCACCAGGGAGAGAGAGACAGACAAAAAGAAAGAAAACGCAGGAACAGAGAAUCAUAAGCAAUCGCAAGAAGAUAAGGAGAGUGGAAAAGAAAGAAAGGUGCAACCUCACGUGUGGCAAGAUGAAACAGAGGAAACCGAAAAAAACACCCAGACUGAAGGCAGUGAUAAAAUAAAGAUGUCUACGGGUCAUGGUGUGCAUACAAAUAAGGAGCAAGAGCAGGAAAUGGAAAAGGGAAUAAAAGUGCAGCAAAAUAAUGAGAAACCAAAACAGACCGAAAGCAUCAGGCGCACAGAAAAAGAGAGGACUAUAAAAGAGGGGGAGGUGGAGGAAGAGGAAAGGAAGACGGGAAAGGAGAUCAAGACAGAAGACGAAAAAACAGAGAAUGUGCAGAGAAACAGUGAUGGAGAGUUAUCAUCCAACAAAGCAAUUGAAAGGACAGACUUUGUUUCAAUCAGCCCAACUCCUCGGUCUAUCAUUAACAUAGCCUCAAGGCCUGACUCAAACAAAGCUACAAUCUUUACGUCAUCUCUUCCAUCUCUUUCUCUGCCCAGUUCCACUUUAGAUUUGAUCACAGAUGCAAGUCAUGAGGCAAUAACUGCUUAUGGACCAACCCAAAGCACAGGCCUCGGAGCAGCUGCUAUUUCUGAGCCCUCACAUCCUGAUGCAGAGUCUGAUACAACAACAGCCACAAUGAGCACGUUGGGUGGCCCUGGACGGCAGAAAACCAGUGCCACUACUAAACUCAACUCUGGAUCCAAGGUAAGGCCUGAGGCAGGCAUCCAGGGUCACAUUAGCUCAACUACAACCACCACAGCUCCUAAUCAGAAUUUACACAUAACGGCAUUCCCCGGAGUUACAGAUCACAACCGCUGGACAGCUAAAAAGAACAUCAGCACAAACCCCAAGGCUGGCGUGAAACCACUGCCAGGACAAGGACCAAGGUCUGGUGGAACACAUAAACCUGGAAUUAAGCCUGAAGCGGACCAAAAGCUGAAAAAUCCUAAGAAUGACCGUAAAUCCGACCAAGCUCCUAUUCCUGACAAAAAAACAAAACCCGACCAAAAGCAGAAGCCUUCUCUCUACAAACCCACGACUGACCAAUCCAAACCUGCCAACAACCCAGUACGAGGUAACAUGCCAAAACCCAACCAAAGAACGCCACCUGAUAUUUUACCAACUGAUCAAAAUCUGAAAAACAAUCCGAAACACAAACCUAAUCAAAACAAGUCACCUCUUCAAAAGCCAAAAUCUCCCAAAAAGCCUGUGACUCCCGUUCGGACACCUACAUCUCAUCGAAAUCCUCAAACUGUAAAUGCAACUCAUGCUGACAGACAUCCUCAAAUCAACCAAAAGCAGAAGCCUUCUCUCUACAAUCCCAAAACCAACCAAUCUAAACCCGCUAGCAAACCAGAACGAGACCAAAUUUCAGAACCUGAUCAAAGAACUUUGCCUGAUAUUUUAACAACUGAUCAAAAUCAGAAAAACACUCCAACAUCUAAAGGCGAUCAAGGCCGUAGACCUGAUCAAAACAAGUCACCUCUUCAAAGUCCGAAAUCUGACCAAAAGCCUGUCACACCUGUGUGGACACCUACAUCUCAUCAAAAUCCUCAAACUGUGAAUGCAACAAAUUCUGACAAACAUCCUCUUAUCGACCAAAAGCAGAAGCCUUCUCACUACAAACCCACAACUGACCAGUCCAAACCAGCCAGUGACCCAGAACAAGACCAAAUUCCAAAACCCGACCAAAGAACUCCCCCUGAUAAUUUACCAACUGAUGAAAAUCUGAAAAACACUCCAACCUCUAAAAAGGACCAAAACCAUAGACCUGAUCAAAACAAGUCACCUCUUCAAACCCCCAAAUCUCCCCAGAAGCCUGCGACACCUGUGUGGACACCUACAUCUCCUCGAAAACCUCAAACUGUGAACGCAACAACUUCUGACAAGCAUCCCCUAAUCCACCAAAAGCAGAAGCCUUCUCACUACAAACCCACAACUGACCAGUCCAAACCUGCCAGUGACCCAGAACAAGACCAAAUUCCAAAACCCGACCAAAGAACUCCACCUGAUGUUUUACCAACUGAUCAAAAUCAGAAAAAGAAUCCAAUUCCUAACAAUCAAGACCAUAGACCUGAUCAAAACAAGUUGCCAGAUAAAAAGCCAAAAUCUCAUGAAACACCUUUGGUUCCUGUCCAGAGACCUACAUCUAAUGAGAAACCUAAAACUGUAAACGUAACCCAUUCUGAUAAAAACCCUCUAAUCGACCAAAAGCAGAAGGCUUCUCCCUACAAACCCACAACUGACCGAUCCAAACCUGCCAACCAUCCAGAACAAGAUCAGAUUUCAAAACCUGAUCAAAGAACUCCACCUGAUAAUUUACCAACCGAUCAAAAUCUGAAAAAUAAUCCAAUACCUAAUCAAAACCAAGACCGUACUGAUCAAAACCCAAAAAUCAAUCAACCACCUAAACGCGACCAAGACCACACACCUGAUCAAAACAAGUCACCUCUUCCCAAUCCAAAAUCUCACCAAAAGCCUGUGACUCCUGAUCAGACACCUACAUCUCAUCAAAGACCUCAAACUGUGAAUGCAACCGAUUCUGACAAAAAUCCUCUAAUUAAGCAGAACCCUUCUCUUUACAAACCCACAACCAACCAAUCCAAACCUGCCAGUGACCCACAAGAAGAUCAUAUUUCAAAUCCUGACCAAAGGACUCCUCCUGAUCCUUCAACUGAUGAAAAUCAGAAAAAUCAAGACGGUAAACCUGAUCAAAACAAGUUACCUGAUCAAAAGCCAAAAUCUCAUGAAACACCUGUGGUUCCUGUCCAUGAGAAACCUAAAACUGUAAAUGCAACUUAUUCUGACAAACGUCCUCUAAUCGACCAAAAGCAGAAGCCUUCUCCCUAUAAACCCACAACUGACCGAUCCAAACCUGCCAACCACCCAGAACAAGAUCAGAUUUCAAAACCUGAUCAAAGAACUCCACCUAAUAUUUUACCAACCGAUCAAAAUCAGAAAAAUAAUCCAAUACCCAAACAAAAACAAGACCAUACACCUGAUCAGUCACCUGAUCAGUUGAACAAGUUACCUGUUGAAAAGCCAAACUCAAAGUCUGUGACUCCUGUCCAGAGACCUACAUCCCCUCAAAAUGUAAACGCAACCCAUUCUGACAAACAUCCUGUUAUCAAGCAAACACAUGAGUCUGAUGGAACCUCAAUUAUUAAUCAAAACUCAAAACCUGAGGAAAAACAUCCUGUCAAAUCUGACCAUGCUGAGUCAGAACAAAAACCGGCGAGAAAGCCAAACAAUAAGGAAACACAACCUGAUCAAAAGCUUGAACUAAAUCCAAAUAGAAAACCCGUCCAAGAGCCUGAAUCGAAAACAAGUGAAACAGAGAGUUUUACACCAAAACCUAACCAAAAGCCUCUCAUUGAGUCCAGGGUGAAAUCUGAUGUCAAUCCCUCAUUUGAGCCUAAAUCUAAUCAAGACUUAACACCUGGAAAGAAAAUUACACCAUAUCGAAAUAACACAUCCCCUGAUCAAAAGCCCAAACCCAGCCAGAAAUUCCCUAAAAUUAACCAAAAACCUAAACCUGGCCAAGUGCCUAAACCAAACCAAAAACAACCAAGGCCUGGGACAGAAAUAAAGACGAAACCAAAUGUAAAUCGUAAAAUUGACCAAGCACCACAAACCAAUCAGAGCCUUAACACACCCAGACCGGGCCAAAUCCCUAAUGUUAAUGCCAAGUCUGUGCCUGGUGCAGUCCCUGAAGCAAAGCCAGACAAAGCACCCAAACCCAGACCUCCCCCCCGAUACAGACCACCAGUCAGACCUGCAGUCAAGCCAGAAGCAACACCCAAUCAAAGGCCAAGACCAGCAGUGCAACCAAAGCCAAAUGCAAAGACCAAAACACAUUUAAAUCCAACUCGAAUCAGCUGGACUACUUCAGACGACGUCCAAAACUCUCAAACUGGCGUGCCACCUACAGCUGGCCCUGCAAAACAGAUUACUGAGGUGACUCAUUCCCCAGGGGACUCAGAGUUCAGUCCCAGCGUGAGGAAAACUAUCACUCUGGCUCCAAAGACCUCCAACAGUCUGGAAACAGGAGCCUCCCCUCACCUUCACACUCUGCCUGAGGACUUCACAACGAGCCCAAACAGCAGGAGUAUGUCUGAUCUGAGGCCACAAACAGCCAGUCAGCCACCAUCGAUCCCAAUGACAACAAGACCAAACAAAAUCAUGCGUAGGAUCCUCCCAAGUGUUAUCCCUAACAACAGGCCAAGUCUCGCCAAGCCAACUCUAACUCCCAAAUCUGACUCCAGCUUACAAGCUGAAAUAGUUCACAAUGUGGAGGAAACAGCACCUGCAGGCCCAGUCCCUUCCCCCAGUCCCCAAACUACCUCCACACUCAGCCCUGACUUCAGGUCAACAACCCCUGCCACCUCUGGCCCCGAGCCCCCGGCAGCAGAGUCUUCCACUCCCAGUGCACGUGAGCUUCGUGUGAAAAUCAACCAGGUGGCUGCUUUCCUCAAUAACAGCCUGAAUCCAAACGGAAGACCACCGCACAGGCAUCCGAAAGAGCAGCCCGAGGACACCCAGGGCGGCAGCAGGCCUGACAGGACAGACAGCAAAGUGCCAACACUGACACCUCCCAAAGGCAAGAGAUAUGAUUUUACAGUGAUCUAG